AAUAACUUGUCCAAAUGUGUUUUAAAAAGCACGCGUAUUUGUACGAAUUCGUCUUAUCGCUAGUAGUAAGUUUUUUGUGGCAGAAUCAGUUUCACAGCUAAAUAAAGUUGUCGGAAGAUUUUAGAUCGAUAAUAUAUUUCAACACAAUUCUGAGUUGAGAUAUUACCUAUCCAACAAAAUGUUCAAUCCCAGUGAUCAUGGUUUAUCUAAAGACUUUCGUCUUACCAACUUCUCAACUUUGCGAGGAUGAGGUUGCAAGUUACCUGAAGAGGCACUCAACAAGUAUCUCCAGGAAACAGAAAUCUUACAUAAAGUAGCUCAUGACGAAAAUAAACAAGAUAAAAAUGGAUUUAUUGGAUCUGGAAUGGAUUGCGCAGUAAUUCCGCUGGCUCGACACAAAAAUUAUUUUCUCGUUCAAACUGUUGACUUCUUUUAUCCAUUAGUGAAUGAUCCCAAGACUAUGGGUAAAAUUGCUUUGGCAAACGUAGUAAGUGAUAUUUACGCCGUAGGUGUUACAACUUUUGACAAGUUAGUUAUGCUUAUAAGCGUUUCAACCGAAUUUUCUGAUGUGGAGCGUGAUGUUAUAAUACCGAAGAUUGUUGAAGGCUUUCAAGAGUCUGCAAAGGAGGCAGGUUGUCGAGUACAUGUCCAGAGUAUUUUGUACAACCCUUGGUGCAUAAUUGGAGGCAUAGCGAGCUCUGUUUGUACUGAGUCAGAAGUUAUCAUGCCUUCAAAUGCUAAAGACGGCGAUGCCAUCGUGCUUACUAAACCUUUGGGCACACAAUUAGCAACGAAUGCAUAUCUAUGGAUGGAAGAAGGAAAUGAAAAAUAUGGGAAAAUAUCAGCUUGCUUGAGUAAUGAUGUUAUAACAAAAAGCUUCAACAUUGCAGUCGAGUCAAUGACUUUCCUUAACAAGACUGCCGCUGAACUAAUGCACAAAUAUAAGGCUCAUGCAGCAACAGAUGUAACUGGAUUUGGUCUGCUUGGACAUGCAAAAAAUCUCGCAAACUUUCAAAAAGACAAAGUUUUGUUUGAAUUAAAUAAGUUGCCGAUUAUUGCAAAUGUAUUAACUAUGAGUCAAAUUAUUGGGCAAGAUAGCAAGUUAAAAAGUGGCAAAGCAGUGGAAACAUCUGGUGGACUUUUAAUAUGCUUAUCAGCGGAUAAAGCCAAAUCAUUCUGCGAUGAAUUCUUCACGUUAACCAAAAACAAACAGCAGGCAUGGAUUGUUGGGAGAGUGAAACAAUCGGAAAAACGUGACGCGUGCUUAAUAGAAGAUCCAGAAAUUUUAGAAGUUAGCCAAUAACAUGUAACACGGAAGCUCUAGUUAUUAUAAUUAUAUCACAUACAUCUAUACAAAAUAUAUUAUACCAGUUAGAAGCAUGAUUUGCACUUAAAAGCCAAGAAUUCAAUUGAUGACGAGGUUUUCGUAAAGAUUAUAAGUCAUGGGAAUCUCUGAUAUAAUGUUGAUUCUUGCUUGUCUGUGCAAAUAUAUGCAGAUUUACUACUCGUUUAAAAUAGAAUACGUUCGAAAGGUUUUAAUAUUCAAUUGAUGAUGAAGUUUUUGAAAAGAUUUUUGUAUCACGAAAAUUUCUGAUGUAUUCUUGAUUUUAGCUUUCAAAAUCGUAU